UAACACUAACUCGUUGCACACUCUUAUAUAGACUCUAUACUCAACUCGGACCAUUCGACUAGGUUAACUUCAUUCAAAAAUAUAUUAAACAACCAAAUCGGACCAUACGUUUUGAUAAACCGGUUCUGCCAUCCCUAGCCAAAACGGACGGUCCAACUCCAGUCAACUUCCGCUACAUGCAACUCGGACCGUUCGAGUUCUCUUCCAACUCGGUCCGAUUUAUCCGCACCAAACCAUUUUCCCUCCCCACCCCAAAUCGGACCGUGCGUCUUCGGAUUUAGAAAAUUCACAAACGAAGAACUCGGAUGGUCCGAGUUCUUCUCCCAAAAGCUGCCAAAAUUCUGCCCCACAUACAUAUCUAGCCCCCUUGAUUCCAUAUAGAUGAAAAGCUCACAUACAGGCUCCAUUUCCAUAAAAUUGAGCCUCCAAAACUGACCCUACCCUUCCCUUAUGUUUCCAAAGCAAUUUGAAGUCCCGGGUUGAGUGAAUUGUUAUAUGAAUUGCGAAAAGCUCAGAAAUCCAAGCAUGGAUAAGAAGAAGCAGCUUAAGCACACGGUGAACAAAGCAAAAGAGCAAUCGAGCAUGGAGAAGAGGAAUCAGAAUGACAAGAGCAAGACCAUUCACGACAUCCUCCCUCUUGAUCUGAUUCACAAAAUCCUUCUGCGGGUGCCGAUCAGACAUCUCACUCGCCUCAGAUGCGUUUCCAAGCUGUGGUCCUCUCUAAUUUCCGAUCCUGAUUGUGUGGAAUUACAUUUUCACCACUCUCCCGCUGCCACCAAGGCAUGCUUCUUCAUGAAAAACGACACUAUGGCUUACUUGGUUUACUUAGACGACAAUUAUGCAUCACAAAAAGUGGUGUGUCCCCCUUUCAAGAAGAAACCACCUUCUGAUUUUGAGGUAUUGGGAUCCUGCAGAGGAUUUAUUCUCUUGCAUCGAUACCCACAUUUUCUUGUGGUAUGGAACCCACUGACUGGAGUCAGCAAAAGAAUAUCCUAUUCUCAUAUUGUUAGUCGUCCUAAAUACCAUAGCUUUAGGCUUCCCUACAGUACGCAUCUGCAUGGAUUUCGUUAUGAUGCAUCACAGGAUGAUUACUUAGUUGUUGCAGCUUGUAGGGAUUAUGAAAGGCAAGAAGAUCACUUGGAAUGCUUGUCCUUGAGAACCAAUUCAUGGAUUAAUCUUGAUGCUGUACUCCCCAGUCCAUUGGAUUGGUUUGACCACAAUUCUUGUGGAUUGUUCUUGAAUGGCGCUAUUCAUUGGGUGCCUUCCUGUCCUAAAGAUUACAGGGAUGCUAUUCUUAUCUUUGAUCUGAAGGAAAGGACUUUCUCAAAGAUAUCUGCACCGGAACAACUGCUAACUGUUGCAUGCCCCUUUCCAAGUCUCGCCCUACUAGGAGACUGCCUAUCUUUGUAUGGUCAUAAUUAUGGUCGCGGUACAACUGAGAUAUGGGUGAUGAAAGAAUAUAAAGUGCACUCAUCUUGGACUCUCUAUGAGAUUCCUUGCAAAAUCUUUCAGCCAUUGUGCUUAUCCAGAAAUGGUGAUAUUAUUGGAAGAGGUUAUGAUAAAAUAGGGUACUUCAUAUACAAUGUCAGAGGAGACCUGCUCAAGCGUUUUAAAAAUCUUCCUUGUCCGCCUCCCAUCGGAUACUGUGUAUACAAAGAGUCUCUUGCCGUGUUGCCACUCCCUAGCGGCAUUAAGGAUAAGGAUAAGAAGAAGAAGGAAAACUGCCAUCAAGUUCACCAUCAAGUUUAGGCUCUUUAGAAUCACCCAACAUUCAAACAGAGAGAGAGAAUGAGGAGCAACAUAUGAGUGGACAACUUGCCACUUGGGGAAGAACAUUUGAAAAGUGCAAAUGAAGUUUAGUCUAUUUUUAAAUCCAAUAUAUCUUUUGAAUCAAAUCUAUUAGUAAUAUUUCUUAGUUGGUUAUGCAAAACUUUAUAGGUUUUAUUUUGCAGAUUACAUAAUAUACUCCUUCUUUUAAUCUUACCUUUAGCGUGGUUUUUAGAAGUUCACUAGCAAAUGAUGGCAAACCCAGAAACAAAAAGUUACAGUAUAGGAGAGUUGUUUUAUUUUGAGUCUUGCUUCCUACACUCUAGUCUUGUGGUGAGGUAUGUUUCGUUAUUGUGCUGAGUGCUAUACAUAAAUAUAUUUUUUCUCAUUGAUUGUAUACUUUCAGUUAAGAUGUUAGCUUUGGCAAUACCAUAAAUAAUU